UUGGACUGACGAUCCGUUCCGGGUGUGCGCGUGUAGCCAUGGCAGAAGCAGAAGAGGCCAAUGCAGGUUUGGAGAAAGUGACAGAUUACCACGCAGAGAAGGAGCUCAACGAGAACGACACAGCCAAUGCUCUGUCCAGCCUGGCCAACAACUCCUCACCGACAUUGAUACCCGCGAGCGCCGAGCCAAGCACGGAAUCAACUCUGAAGAUCUCUGCUGCAGACAUUGAAGUGUUGAAAGAGGAAUUGGAAGUGUCUACCGAGGAAGCGAAGGCCGCGUUAUUGAAGAGGGACGGUGAUGUCGUGCAAGCUCUGCGACUGCUCCUGCAGUAACGUUGUGCAUCUGCCUUUGUUAAAAAAAAACAGCACAGCGGUGGUGAGAGUAUGCAGUGCAUAGUUUGACCGAGGCUGCGCUCCUUGCCCGUACAUCUUCGUAGUGACGGUGUGUGCGCUUUGUCGUUCUUUCCUCGAUCUGUGGGGAGAACUGGGUUCUGCCUCUUCUCUGCUAACAGGCUCGAGCUUGUCAGUGCAGGCACUUGUGUUCAAGCGUCUUUGGUUCGGUUGUCGUUGCAGGAUUUCCAAGUUGCGGUCGCAGCAUGCCUCUCGGUGUAUGCAGUUGCAGUGCAAGUACGAACGAUGAGAGAGAUUGUGUGGACGACACGCGAUGAAGGCAUCGAGCUCUCUUUUUUGUCGUUCUCGUUUUCCUCGCUCCACGAUGAUCACCCCAACUGACGACUACUCCUUUGCCCCAUAACAUCCACGGCGCGCCAACGACCCCACCGCGGCCACACACCGUUUUCGAGAGUGCGAAGAUUCCCAACGAGUACACCAGUUGCCUGAGGAGAACCGCGCACAUGUCUAUGUAAAGUUUACUCGC